AUGGUGGCCACAUUAAUCCCUCAGCUUUUCAAAAUAUUUAUCAAAAUGGAAAGUGGGAUGGACAGUGAAUCUGAAUCAGAAGAAGGAGUUGUGGAUUCCACUAUCAUGUCCAUAAUGCCCCUUUAUAAAUCAGACGUCCCUAAGCUGGAAAUACCAUUGGCAGUACAGAAUGUCAUCUCUAGAAUUGAGCAAGCACAACUUAAUCGAGCCAGAGAGGACAUUAAUAUGCAGCUGACUAACAUACUGUUCAAUGUGCAGCGGAUAAUAAAUCGCUACAUUGUUGACAAGAAUGUGCACUCUGGAAGGAAAACCUCCCUUGUAGAAUAUAAGAAACAGAGAACAAAUUUCCUGGAUAAAAUAGUUACUUGUGCUAAGAACACUGAAAUUGAAGAAAAGACUCUUUUGUACAUCCUGGAGUGGUUGGAAGAAUGGAAUGCCAUUUUGUCUAAGAUGACUGCAAUUGAUAUUGAGGAACACCAUCACUCGAUAGCAAAAAUGGAGGUUUUAUCAGAAACGUUCAAGGCUAUUGAGAGCAAUGUCAAGAUACUGAGUAGAAUUAGUAUAUCUUUGUUUGAAGAAAAGAAGAAACAAAACAAAAAAAUAACAUCUAGAGGUACUCUAUGGAAAUCUUGGAAAGAAAGAGUUAUAAAGCGACCUGCAACUGCUCUUGCUUUAAGACCAGAUCAGAUGAUUAGUGAUGAAUUUGCAACAAAUACAAAGGUUUCAGAAAUCCAAGAUAUGCUACAGGAACUCAUAAACACUGCAAUGUUCAAUAAAUUGGAAAACAAUGCUAUUAAAUAUAUAUCAUCAACAAUAGUAAACCUUUCUAAAGCUUUGAGUAUACUAAAUGAUGAAGUAAAAGUUUUUAACCUCUCACAUGCCACUAUGUAUAUAAAUGAGACAAAUGAAAAAGAAAAAGAGAUCUCUCUAAAGAUAAUACAAGAUCUCAGUGAACAAAAUGAAAUACUUCAGCAGAAACUUCAAGAUGCAGAAGAAAAAUAUAAACAAUUUAUUUGGUCCAAAGGUGUAGAACACCAAGUAUGUAUAGCAUUGCCCCCAUCAACCCUGAAAGUGUUGCCUGAGCUUUCUCCACAAUCAUCCGUUGCCGUUAGCAAAGCAGACAUAGAAGACAGUAUGGAAAAUAUUUUGGUUAAAGAACUCGAAAAUAUUAUGGAUGAGGCCCAAACAAAAGGGACCAAAGCCUCAGGAAUCAAGUGGGACUCAGCAUUCUCAUAUAUGGCCCCAGUUAAAAUGACUCCAGAUUUAAUUGAACAGCAAUACCCUUUACCUGAAAAAAACCAAAAAGACUCUUCUAAAGGUAUCAUUGAAGAGAACGUAUCACUAAAGGAAGAUGAUGUCUAUCAGAAAGAUGGGACUGACCAGUAUCGAUCACAGAAAGAAAAGCAAACUAAAAGUUCAUAUAUGCAUGAGACCUCUAGAUCACAUCUGAGUGAUGAUGAAGGUAAGGAGAGAGUCUCACAGCCCAAACUUGAUCACCACUUGGAACUACAGGCACUGAAAAAGGAUAGAAAAGAAAUGAAAUCCUUUUCUGAAGCCAAACCAAAGUCAUUCACUGAAUCAAAAAGUCACACUGUCCUUGCUGAUUACCCUUCUACAGACACAAAAAGCCAAGGUGGCAAAAGUGGAAAAGAUAGUAUAUGGGAAAGACUCAGGGAGGUCAAACCUGAGCAUUCACAUGAAAAAAGUGACAUUUCUUCAGAGAAUAAAGAGGAACCCACCACUGAGUCAAUGGACAAAGAGAGCAAAAGUGAGAUGAGUAGCCAAGCAGAGCAAUUCUGGUUGACCCAACUUGGUUAUUCCUUUGAGAAAGUGAAAACUAAAGGAAAGGAAGACCAGAUCUCUCCAAGAACCACCACAAGCAAAGAGGGAAAAACUGAGGAGGAUAUCAUAGUCUUGGCCAAGAAAGUCAAGUCUCAUGAACUUGUUAAGUCACCAUCUAGAAUAGUAAAUGACGCUUCAGAAUCUACCAGAGUUCUAGAAAAUCCAGAUGGCAAAAGUGGAGAGAGUAACCUAGAAGAAUUUCAAAAAUCUAUAAUGGCUUUCCUAGAAGAGAAAAUUGAUAACAUAGGAAAGCCUUUGGAUGAAAAGACUGUGCCAAAAAGGGAGUUAUUGUUAAAAAGAGCAGAGGUCGAAAAAUUAGAAAUCAUAAAGGCAAAAAUGGAGGAAUAUUUCCAAAUUGUGGCUGAAACUGUGUCAAAAAUCUUAAGAAAAUACAAAAAUAUAAAAAAUGCAGGACAAGUUGGAGAGAAACCUAUGAAACAAAAAAAGGAAGUCUCAUUCAUGCCAGGAUUGCAUUUUCAGAAGCCAAUUAGUGCAAAGGCUGAAAUUAGCACCUUAGUCUCAUCUAAAAGCAUGGAUCCAUUAAUUGACAAUUUAAUACAGAUGAUCUUGACUGAAAUAGAAGGUGAAAAAGAUGCCCCAGUAGCCUCAACAGUAGGGAGAGACCACAAGGAAAAGGAAAAACAGAGGUGGGAGGAAUACUUACAAGAAGGUAAAGAAAAAGUAUUUGAUAAAGAUCUCAAACACCAUUUGCAAGAUGAAGGGAGUUUCCAGAAGAAGAGCUGUGAGAUGAUAAAUAAAAAAUUGGAGAAUGGAGAGUCAUGGCUCCAAAUGAAGGAGAGAAAGCAAAGGCAGCAGAAGCAGAAACAGUGGCAAGAAGAGGAAAUAUGGAAGGAACAACAAAAGCAGACUGAGCAAGAUGAUGAGCAAACGCAAAGAAAAGAGGAAGAAAAAUAUCAGAAGCCAAAACGGCAGCAGCUGGAAGCAUGGAAUCAAAAAAUGAAAGAACAAGAGGUACCCUUGGAAAAGGAGAAAAAGCAGAUGAGGCCAGUUCAGAAGGAAGUGAGAUAUCUGAGGCUGGAAACAAACAGGGAGAAAGAAGAGAAGCAGAAGCCAAAGAGAAAUGUAGAGGAUCAUGAAAGGUGGAAGAAAAAACCAAAGGAUCAGAGGAAGAUAGAUGAGAAAAACUUUGAAGGACUGGAAAAGAUGUUCCGCCAAACUUCAGCGACAUUGUCUCCCAGGUGGAAGAGCAUACAGAAACUAGCAUCCCAGUUACACCGAAGAAAAGAGUUCCAUGGGGAUCCUAAAACUUUAGAGACUCUUGCUGAUGGAAAGCACCCUAUAUCAAUCGCUCCUUCUCCAUCCACACAAUCACUAUCACCUGAGGCCUCUCCAGUCUCUGGACAGUCUUCCAUAAAGACGCUCACUUUAACUCAACAGGCCCAGGCACUGGGGAUCACUAUCACCCCUCAGCAGGCUGAGAAAGUGGGCAUCACUGUGGCCCCGGAACAGGCCCAGGCACUGAGGAUCAAUCUUACCCCUCAGCAGGACCAGGAAAUGAGCAUCACUGUCACCCCUCAAAAGGUCCAGGCACUGGGGACCACUGUCACUCCUCAGCAAGCCAAGGAACAGAGGAUCACUCUCACCCCUCAACAGGCCCAUGAACUGGGGUCCACCCUCACUGAUAAGCAGGCCCAGGCACAGGGGAUCACUCUCAUUCCUGAACAGGCCAAGGAAUUGGGGCUCACCCUCACUGAUGAGCAGACUCAGGCACAGGGGAUCACUCUCUUCCCUCAACAAGCCCAGGCAAUGGGGAUCACUGUGAUUCCUCAGCAGGGUCAGUCACAGGGGAUCACUCUCACCCCCGAGCAGACCUAUGAACUGGGGUUCACUUUCACUGAGGCGCAGACCCUGCCACAGGGUAUCACACUCACCCCUGACAGGGCCAAGGCACUGAGCAUCACUGUUACUCCUGACAAAGUACAGGAAAUGGGGAUCACUCUCACCCCUCAGCAGGCACAGGCACUGGGGAUCAUUGUCACUCCUGAGCAGUCACAGGCACAGGGGGCCACUCUUACUUCUAAACAGGUUCAGGCACUGGGAAUCACGCUGAGCCCUGAACAGGCCCAGGCACAGGGGAUCCCCCUCACCCCUCAGCAGGCUCAGGCACAGGGGAUCCCCCUCACCCCUCAGCAGGCUCAGGCACAGGGGAUCCCCCUCACCACUCAGCUGGCCCAGGCACAGGGGAUCCCCCUCACCCCUCAGCAGGCUCAGGGGAUCCCCCUCACCCCUCAGCAGGUCCAGACACAGGGGAUCCCCCUCACCCCUCAGCAGGUCCAGACACAGGGGAUCCCCCUCACCCCUCAGCAGGCUCAGGCACAGGGGAUCCCCCUCACCCCUCAGCUGGCCCAGGCACAGGGGAUCCCCCUCACCCCUCAGCAGGUCCAGAUACAGGGGAUCCCCCUCACCCCUCAGCAGACCCAGGCGCAGGGGAUCACUCUCACCCCUGAGCAAGCCCAGGCAGAAGGCAUCACUCUCACAUCUGAGCAGUUCAAAGCAUUGGUGGACACCCUCACCCCUGAGAAAUGCCAGGGCUUGGGUUUCAUACACACUCCUGAGAACGUUCAUGCAUGGGGGUCUCCUCUUGCUGCAGCACAGGCCUGGAAAUUGGGGGUCCCUAUCACUCCAGAAAAUGCCUGGGUCUCAACUGCCACUCUUACCCCUGAACAGACCCAGGCUUUGGGUACUCCUCUCUCCUUAGAACAGGCUCAAGCAUUAGGGAUUUCUCUCUCUCCAGAACACUUGUGGGAAUCAGAUAAAUCAGAUAAAUCCCAUGCCUUAGGAUUUCCCCUUACCCUUGAGCAAGUCCAACCUUUGGGAGCCCCCUUCAUCCCAGGACAAUCCCAUCCCAUGGGGGUGGAUGAUCUAAAAUCAAGAGCAGCUCUCAUUGAUGAACGGCUCUCACCACUUGGGGUCCAUCCUCUUUUAGAACAUACCCUGAAAGUUGGGAUCGUGCCUGUUACUGAUAAACCUGUCACACCAAGUGUUCCUCAUAUUUCUAAGCAGUUCCCCACAUUGGAUUCUUCCAGUCUUAGAUCAUUUCAAAAAUUGAAGGCUCCUGUCCUUCCUAGGCAAUCCCCAGCGUCUGCUCCUAUUGCUGAGAAGUCCUCUCCUAUUCCCUUGCAGAUAUCACGGUCUCCUCUUUCCCAAGCCCCUGGGAAAUUGCUAGGAGUGAGCCUUCCUUCUGAGCCUGGAAAACUCCUUGCACCACAGACUUUUCCUUCCUCUAAACAGACUUUGUUUUCUAAAGGUCAACCCACCUCUGUUCAGUCUGCAGCACCAGAGGUCCCAUUGACCCCUGGGACCCUGCCAACUUCAAGGCAGCCCCUUACCCCCAGGCAGCCCCUUAUAUCUAGAGCCCCACAUACCUCUGCACAGAUUCCUGGUCUCUUGGCCUCUCCUUCUUCUAGGAAGCCCUUUGUUCCUGGGACCUCUUCCAUCCAGGGGGAGCUCCUGGAACCUAGACCCUUAACACGCUCUGAGCAGCCCCAGGCAUCCCAGCCCGGUGUUACCUGUGAGCAGUCUCUCUAUCUACAAGCUCCUUCUACCCUUGGGCAGCAUCAAGCUUCCCCACCACAGAUCCCUCCCACCCCUGGGCAUCCUCCAACCCUAUGGGCCUCCCCAACUCCUGGAAAGCCCCAGAAAGAUUUAUCCUCUUCUGUCUCCAAGGAAAGUAAGGAAAGAUUGGCAAUUUCUUCUCUGAAAUCUAAGUCAGCAUUUGUUCAUCCCAGUGCUGCAGAUUUCAAGGUAACUCAAGCCCCUUUCACCACCAAGAAGUCCCAAAUAUCAGAGGUCUCUGACACUUCUGAAGAAAUCCCAAUAUGCCAUGAUCCUAUUGCCAUGGAACAAUUUAGAACAUUUCAGUCCUAUCUUACCAAUUACAGGACACCAGUACCACAAACUCCUUACAUUCCCACACUCCUGAAGCCUGGAACAUCACUACCUUCUCUUACAACUAAACUACCCAAAACAUCACAGAUCUCGUCUUCUGAAUGGGACCAGAAAUCUCAGUUCCCCCCUAUAGACAAGCCCUGGAUACUGACUUCAGUUUCACAUACCAAGAAACCCAAGAUGAUGGUGCCCCCUUCCACUCCCCAAGAGUUCAAAGAGCAGAGAUAUUUUGUUGAUGUGGAGGCUCAGAGAAAGAACCUGAUACUCUUAAAUCAGGCCACAAAAGCUUCUGGACUUCCUUCACAGCUACACGCAACAGCUAGGAAUCUCAUAAUUGAGACACUUCAUUCGGACACAGUUCGGCUGGGAUACUUAUUCCACAAGUACAUUGCUUACAGGCUGAUCCAGCGUGCAAGAAACAACCUGAUCAGGCGAUUACAAGUGAUCCAAAAUACUGGGAAAGGUUAUGAAACCCGGAACCUUUACAUAAUGCUGAGCAGAAUUGAUGAGUACCAGAAAAAGGUGAUGCAGGUGUGGACCAACAGGCAGAAGUCUUUAGAGACGAAACGGAAUAAGUGCCUGAGGAAAAUGAUAUUCUUAUUUAGCCAGUUUCAACAGAUGUAUAAAUUGAAUCUUAGUCAACCUAUCCCUCUUGUCAUCGACAAAAAGCAGAUACCCACCUCUACCAAAUUUGUUCAACAACCAUGCCUAGAUCUGCUAAAAGAAGAGGACAGAAAGUCUGACACAUCCAAGAAAUUUCGGCAACAAGAAGACCAAAUGGAAGCCAUCUGGAAUGCUGAUCUGUCGACCUCAAGCUACCCAAUAACAGAGAAGACAUCAAUACGUUCACUCUGGGCCCAGCUGGGUGGGUACCCAGAUAUUCCUAUGCUACUCCAAUUAGAUGUUCAAUCUACCUUCAGAAAAUCUCUUGGAUCCAUUAAAUCACAGUCUAAGAAGAUUCCCAAGUGACUGUAAAAUUAAACACAAGUAUGUUGAAAAUAAAUUUCAAUGUUGCAGUAGAA